GAAAUCAAGACUCAGAUGAGGAGUUUGUGGAGCACUUCUCAACAAAAGUGGAGGCUGUUAUCCAUGCUGUCCUGUAUGCCAUUCAGUGCUUGGUGGAGAGAAAGCAGGAGGGUGGAAAAGAAGAAGAAAAAUCUCCAGAUGAAAAUGAUAAAGAGGAUGAAGCCUCAUUCGAUGUGAUUAAAGCAGGACAUAUAACCAAACUUCUGGAUGAAGAUCUCUCAGCUGAUCUGGAAUCUUUACAUAUGCAGAAAGCAAUUUCAGCGGUUUCAGAAUUGCUGGAGAUCCUGAAAUCUUAUGGGGAAGAUUGCACUUUAAAUAAACAGAAGUUUUUCAACCAGUCCUGCUACUUGCUGGUGCGUCUGAGGCCCAUGCUCUGCAAGUAUUCACACCUCAUCCUGUUCUACCUCACUGUUUCACUGGCAUCUCACAGGAGCACUGGAAAAUUGCUUUCUGUUCUGACCAGCAUUUUUACAGAGCUUGCCCAAAAGGGAUUUUGCCUGCCAAAAGAAUUACUUGAGGAGGAAGCUGGAGAGGGAGCAACAGAGUUCCAUGAUUAUGAGGAUGGUGGUAUUGGAGAUGGGGAAGGCAAGAAGGAUGUGAGCGACAAAAUAGAAAGUGAAGAUCAGAUAGAAGACAGUUUUCAGAAGGGUCAAGAGAAGGAGAAGGAGGAUCCAGAUUCCAAACCAGACAUAGAAGCAGAGGACAAUGCAAUUGAAAUGUCAGAAGACUUUGAAGGAAAAAUGCAUGGUGGAGAAAAGGAGAAAAAAGACGAUGAUGAAGAUUCAGAUGAAGAGGAGGAACUUGAUAAGCAGAUGGGAAAUCUUGACAAUGCUGAAGCUGAUGAUAAACUGGAUGAAAGGCUCUGGGGAGAUGAAGAUGAUGAUGAUGAUGAAGAUGCUAGUAGUAAAACAGAAGAAACUGGACCAGGAAUGGAUGAGGAGGAUCCAGAGCUGGUUGCAAAAGAUGACAAUUUGGGCACAGGGACCAAGGAUAAUAAAAAACAGCCUCCCAAGGAUGAGGAAACAGAGCAACAAGAAGAGGACAGUGGAAACCAAGAGAAAAUACAUGAACAAAUUGAUGAGCGUGAGUAUGAUGAGAACGAGGUAGAUCCUUACCAUGGCCAGCAAGAAAAGGAGCCUGAAAUUGAACCUUUAGAUCUUCCUGAUAAUUUGAAUUUGGAGAAUGGUGAGAAGAGUGAUGAGGAAGAAGAGGAUGAAGAAGAAGCAAAUGAUUUUGAAAUAGAUGAGAAACCUGUGGAUUUAAAUGAGGCAGAGAAGUCAAAAGAACAGAAAGAAGAGGAUACUGGUGAGACAGAAAGAGAUGAUCAAGAUGCAGGAGCAGCUGAAGAAGGCAUUUCUGAAGAUAAGGAGGAGAAGGAAGAUGAGGGGGACAAAGAUGCUCAGGAUCAAGAAGAAAAUGCAGGGAACACUGAGGAUGCAGAGGAAGAAGAGGAGGAGGAGGAGUCACAACCACCUGAUGAGGAGAAAAACAAAUCUACUGAAGAUAAAGGAAUGCCCAAUGACAACCAAGGCCUUCAGCCUCAGGAAGAAGAGGGUAAAGAUAAUCCAGAGAUGGAUGAAGACAUCCCUGAGGCUGAGAAGAGAAUGGAGCAUGAAACACAGGGGCAGACUGGGCAGGAAAACUUGCAGAGUGACAGUGCUGUUGAGCUGGCUGGAGAGGCUUCAGAAAAAGACCAGUCUAAAGAGAGUUUCAAGAGGAAACCAGGUCAGGCAGACAACGAGCGUUCGAUGGGAGAUCACAAUGAACACGUCCACAAGCGACUGAGAACCAUCGAGUCCAGCAGUGAAGCAAAGCAGGACACAGCUCAGCCCAAACAAAACGUGGAGGAGGCUGAUGCCUUUGAACACAUCAAAGAAGGCUCUGAACACUAUGAUGCACAGACCUAUGAUGCAGCCAGCCAGGAGCAGGAGAAACCUAUGAUGCCUCUUGAAGAAAAGGAAGAGGGAGAUUCUGAAGAUGUAGCUAUGGACACAGAAGUGCAGGACGAGGAUCUCAAAGCAGUAGACACAGAAGAGCUGAAGCCAGAAAAAACCAAAUCUACUGCCCCUAAACCUCUUGGUGUAAUCACUUAA